CUGAUCUGAAGAAAACUCCUCUUAUAUUCUGUCAUUGGAAACAUUAGGACAUGCUGCAAACUCUGCUGCUCAUUUUAACUCUAAUAAAAAUGACAGAUUGUGAAGACCCUGUUGGAUUUCCGUCUGACUUUUCCAUCAGAGUUGACAGAAACAUCACAGGAGAGGCUGGUUUGUGUGUUAAAGUAUACUGUUAUUUUACUGUUCCUGAAAACAUUAAGUCUGAACACUUAAAAAGAACCUGGUUUAAAGGAGAUCCACAAAACCCAAAUGUUGAAGUUCCUUGUAUUGACUUAAAUAUGCGUUCUCGAAAUCAUUUUGGAUGCCAUUUUCAGCUAGAAAACUUGGUUCAGGGGGAAUCUGACGGUGAAUACAGAUUUAAAGUGGAAUGGGGACAAGGAAAUGUGCAUAUCUUUCCUGAGACAGUAAAAAUGACUGUAAAAGAACUCACCCAGAAGCCAAUAAUGGAUAUUCCAGUGCUCACAGUGGGACAACGGGCAACGUUAUCCUGUACAAUUCCAGGGGAUUGUCUGAAUCCCAUUCAUCAGAUCGUGUGGACGGGAAUUGAUAAUUCUACAAGUACACACACAGGAGAGGCUGUUCCUGGUAGCCAAGAACUUAUACUGUCUUUUGAUCCUGAGCCUGAACACCACAAAACUAAGCUCACAUGCACAGUGAUAAUAACUGGAAAUAUCCGGACAGAAACGAGUGUGAUCCUGGAAGUAAGAUGUACGUUUGAUCGUUUUAUUCAUAACAUAACAUAUACACAAUAGGCACUCUUUCUUUUUAAGAAUGCUUCUUCAUUUCUGGUUUCUAAGGCAAGCAUCAACAUUGAUAUUAAGACCAGCAGAACAUGUAUCUGGUAUUAAAAAAGGUAUUUCAGGUCAUAGCCCUACUGAAAAUAAGCUGGUAGCUAGUUUUAGCUGGUUUAAGGUGGUUUACGCUGGUCCUCCCAGCCUGACAAAGCUGGUCAUGCUGGUGGGCCAGCUGGUAUUCCUGCCUGACCAGCUAAGUCCAGCUAGACCAGGUUAAAAUGUGACCAAAACACAGCUAGACCAGCUUGCUACACCAGCAAAACCAGCUUCCUACACUAGCAAAACCAGCUAAUACCAAGCUGGAGACCAGCUAAAACCAGCUCACCAGCUUAUGCUGGUCUUAGCUGGAUUUUUCAGUAGGGAGCUUAAUGGUUAGAGAGUUGU